CCAUGCACAUGUGAUGUCCGCGAACCGAAACCGGCCUGUCGGUAGAUGCCAUGCCGACACCACUACAUCGAUGCCGUACGUACGUAUGUACGUGUACCCUCACUGCAUACAGAAUGACCAUACAAACAACCAGGGAUGCCUCGCACCACCCACCCCACCCGCAUACAAGACAGACGGCUGCCACGUGUGCUGAGCACGGCAGGCAGGCAGGCAUACAUGAAUGGGGGAGGAACACCCACCAUAUCCAUAUCCACACACUCAUACAGACACUGCUGCAGUCAUACCAAAAAAGCCCUUCAUCCAGGGGACAAAACUACCCCACAGCGAAGAAAGAGAGAGAGCAAAAGCGCCAGGGACGUAGGAAGGGAUGCGUGUCUACAUGAGCAUAUCUUCCCAUGGGAAGACCACUUGCACAAGUUUCCGCACCGGCCACCAUGCCAGGAAGGUGGCCCCUUCGCGAACCACCAGCGGCAUCAAAAUCCUCGCACCCUCGUGCAGCAACUGCAUACACACAUACACAUCCACAUACACAUACACACACACACUCAGGACCAUCCCUUGCUGGCUUUGCGUGCCUGAUAUGUGUGCGAGAGUGUGGAGGGGAUGUUGAUGAGCUUCAGCGGCCUCCCGAUGCCCUGCACCAGGGCCUCUUUGACGGCAUAGAACACCACCAGCGUGAAGUGCACCGCCAGGAUCUCAGGCUUGGGCGUCAGACCCGCCAGCAAACCUGCAAUGCCACCCACAAACAGACAGGCCAGACGUCUCUGAAAUCCUCCCCCUCCCUCCCUCCCUCCCUCCAGCUGUUUCACUCACUCACCGAUAGGUCCAGCGGUGCACGCGCCGCCCUUGUCGAGGUAGUCGAAGCACGCGGCCUGCAGCUUGCGCCGUACCGCCUUCUUGGGCCCCUCUGGCGUCGUGAACACUGCAUGCAACGCGUUGGCCAACACGUUCAGGGUGGACGCGUGCUCGCGGCGGAGGCUGCGUGGAUGCACAACACGACACACACACACACACACACGCACACAAUACCACGGUAGUGAAGUUCUUUCAGUAUGACAGACAUAUACGGAUCAUUCUUACGUACGCGUAGAAGUUCUUCUGUAUGCGUAAGAGCUGCUGGGGGUCAUUCAGGUCGGCGUGCGACAGCAGCUGGCACAACAGAUCCAUAUCUCUGCGCACAUCCAACCCACACGAACGGCGAGUCGCAUGAAUGAAGGCAUCUUCCUUCUAUCGUUUCUGCAUCCAUUGUCUCCCUGGCCCUGCAGACAGACCACUUACUUGAGGCACACGGUCAUGCCGCAGCCCGUCAGCGCAUGGCGCAUGUUCAGGGCGUCUCCGAGGGCCACCACGCCGCCCUUCACAGGACACCGCGCCUCGUACCUGUAGGUGUUCUUGGUCGCCAGCCCGUCGCUAUUCAUCCCCUCCACCCGGCACACACCCUCCCCAUUCCCCUCUCCGUCACUCCUCUGCUCUCGCAGUGCCCGCAGAAACAACGGCCGCACCGACGCGGGAAGCUGGGGCGCGAUGGUCUCCUCCGCAUAUCGCCUGUAGUCGGUGACAUCGCCGUCGAUGCACACCAGGGCGCGUGUGUCGGUGGGUGAGAUCUGGUAGAGCAGCAGGGGGGAGGGGUCGGUCAAGACGACGUGGCCGCACCCAGGGUGCGGCAGGGGGGUGCUGUGGGGCUCGUGCUUGAGCAGCAGGCCCACCCACGUCGACACCUUCUGCGGACGGUGGCCGGACGUGUAGGCUUUCCGCAGCGGCCCCGCCGUCCCGCCGUCGCACAUGCACGUCAACGGAGCGAGUGCGCGGCGCCUCGCUGCCGGGCUGACUUUGCCGUGUUCGUCUACGGGUGCAUACUCCACUCCUAUCACAGCCGAUUUGUCUUCCAGCAGAUGGGUCACCUGGGCGUGGCCGACCGACACAUUGGAAUGGUGCCGAGCCGUCUCCCGCAGCCGCUGCACGAACCUCCCGUUGUGGAAGCAGAAGCCCUGGGGCGCGCCCGUCGUGUCCACCUUGGCAGCGUCGGUCUGUGGUUGUUGGUCUGGUCGUGCCGCGGCGCUGUUGCUAGUGGCGGUGCUGGUGGUGUCCUUUUGGUUGAGCGGGAUGAAGCCGAAGUACUCCUUGAUGCCCGCAGGGUCGUGUGAGGGGUACCACAGCAGAGUCUCGCGGCCCCCUGAGGUGCUCGUGUCCGACGCCUGGCUGCAUGUGUCGGUCGUCGAGUCUUCCGUAUCUGCCGCAGUCGCGUCGCUGGAGCUCCUCGGUGAAGCGGGAAGGAUCACCGCAUAACCUGAUACAUUGAUUUGUGGGUGGGUGAAACAAACAACACAUCCAGAGACCACUGAUGAUGCCUCUGUCACUUGCAGGCACCUGAGGAUGGCACGGCACCGAUGUCCUCUUUGACGCACUGGUCCAGCCGAUACUUUUCGAGCACGCGCAUGCCACCCGGCUGCAUGUACUCCCCCACAAUGCGCUGCUGCUCGCCCCAGCUCUUGUCCAGCAGAAGCACGUGCCGCCCUGACUGACCCAGGGCAGUUGCGAGAGCCGCACCAGCAGUGCCUGAACGACCAGCAGCAGAGCAGCAACAGGACCGAGAUCAGGUGCGCAGAUCCAGCCAGUCGCACGCACGUACGUACCUGCACCGACAAUUAUGACAUCAUAGCGCUCGUCCGAGUGGGACUCCUCCAGUGAAUUCCCUUUGGCGUUGCUGCCGCACACUCUCUGCCGCCGCUGAGCCACAGCCCGUGCUGAUUCGGCUGCGCCGCUCGUAUUGCUUGUGCGUCUGCUACUCAUGAGCCGGGCGGCAGCGAGGGCCGUGACUACAACGAAACCAACGGCAGCGAACAUCCAGGCCAUCUCAUCCAAAGCAAACAUGCUGCUGAAAUCUCGAAAAUCACAAAUGCC